AUGGAGACUAUUGACGUCGAUGCGCUGGCGAGCGAGCGCCUGCAACAGAUGGGGUACAAACCUGAGCUAUCUAGAUCUCGGGGACUAUUUCAUAUCUUGUUCAGUGGGCACGCAUUCCUUUCCCUCUCGUAUGGGCUCUCAGCACCCAUCGCAACCUCCCUUAUCGGAGGAGGCCCAGCAACUAUAAUAUGGGGAUGGAUCCUCGUAUCCGCGCUCACGCUCGCGCUUGCAUCCUCUCUUGCCGAGAUUUGCGCCCGCUUCCCCACGUCUGCGGGCGCAUACUACUGGACUUUCCGCCUUGCGCCGCCGCCCGCGCGCGUGGUCCUGUCGUGGAUGAAUGGCUGGCUCACGCUGGUCGGUGUCUGGACGAUAGCGCUUAGCGUCAAUUUUGGCACGGGCCAGCUGAUUGUGGCAGGUGCGGGAAUAUUCCACUCUGAGUGGAUCGCAACGGCGUGGCAGACUUACCUCAUCUUCCUGGCUGUCACCGCGGUGUCGAGUGUUGUAUGCAUCUUCUUCAACAGAGCGCUACCUAUGAUCGACACGAUCUGUGCCUACUGGACUGGCUUAGGCAUCUUCAUCAUCUUGAUCUGCACGUCCGCCAAAGCAGCAGCCGGCCGUCACAGUGCCGCGUAUGCGCUUGGACACUUCGACGCAUCGGCAUCUGGAUGGGUGCCUGGAUGGACAUUCUUCAUAGGACUGCUUCCUGUAUGGUCUCAUGUUUUGGCGCUUUGGUCGGCGUUGAUCGCGAGCAUGGCCGAGGAGGUGCAUAACCCCGCUGUCGAGCUGCCCAAAGCCAUCGUCUGGUCGAUCCCUAUCGGCACGGUGUUCGGGCUGAUUUUCCUAUUGCCCUUGGUGUUUACUUUACCAGAUGUGAACACUUUGCUGUCUGUUGCAUCGGGUCAGCCUAUCGGGGUCAUGUUCGAGCUGAUCAUGGGUUCGAAAGGCGGAGGUUUUGGGAUGUCCCUCUCAGUAUUUGGCAUCGGCAUGUUCUGCGCUAUUUCCAUCUCCUGCGCCGCUUCCCGCGCGACAUGGUCCUUCGCGCGCGACAACGCGCUUCCCUUCUCGUCUGUCUUUUCGCGCGUGACCGCUCCCCCCUUUGCUUCUGCUGCAGACCCGCUCCCGCUGAACGCCUUUCUCCUCUCGACCGCGGUCCAAGUCCUUCUCGGCUUGAUAUACCUCGGCUCGUCUGCCGCGUUCAACGCGUUUUCAGGCGUCGGUGUCAUCUGCCUUGGCGCGUCGUACGCGAUGCCCGUCGCUGUCUCUCUCGUGGGUGGACGUAGGAUUUUAGUGGGUCACUCGAGCGAAGGAGGAUACAGUGGUGGGGAGAAGCUGUUCAGUCUCGGGAGGUGGGGGACGGCUGUCAACGCACUCGCGGUGUUGUGGAUCGCGUUCGCGAUCGUGCUGUUUUGCAUGCCGGCAGUGGUGCCUGUGACCAAGGUCUCGAUGAAUUACGCGUCUGUUGUGUUCGUCGGCUUUGGGCUGUUCAGCGGAGUGUGGUAUGUCAUCGGUGGCAGGCAUCAUUAUGUGGGUCCGCCACUGCCGCAGGACCAGGAAGAUGUGGCCCAAGAGAAAGCCAUGUCUCCUGUUGAGCCUGCAUAG